GCGUGUGGCCGUCGGCGAUGGUGGGCGUCCCUGGAGCGGCCGCCUUCCAGAUUGGUUCUGAGAAAAGGGUGCCAGCAAUGCCUGGAUCGCCUGUGGAAGUGAAGAUACAGUCAAGAUCCUCACCUCCCAUCAUGCCACCCCUCCCACCAAUAAAUCCUGGAGGACCAAGGCCAGUGUCCUUUACUCCUACAGCAUUAAGCAAUGGUAUCAACCAUUCUCCUCCUACCCUGAAUGGCGCUCCAUCACCACCACAGAGAUUCAGCAAUGGUCCUGCCUCUUCCACUUCAUCUGCGCUAACAAAUCAGCAGUUACCAGCCACUUGUGGAGCUCGGCAACUCAGCAAGUUGAAACGCUUUCUCACCACUCUGCAACAGUUUGGCAAUGAUAUCUCGCCUGAGAUUGGGGAGAAAGUUCGGACUCUCGUUCUAGCACUGGUGAACUCAACAGUGACAAUUGAAGAAUUCCAUUGCAAGCUCCAAGAGGCUACGAACUUUCCUCUUCGUCCUUUUGUGAUUCCAUUCCUCAAGGCCAACUUGCCCCUGCUGCAGCGAGAACUGCUGCACUGUGCUCGGGCUGCCAAGCAGACCCCGUCCCAGUACCUUGCUCAGCACGAACACCUUCUGCUCAACACCAGUAUCGCGUCUCCUGCCGAUUCUUCAGAGCUGCUCAUGGAGGUUCAUGGAAAUGGAAAAAGACCCAGUCCAGAGAGAAGGGAAGAGAGUAAUUUUGAAAGAGAUACUAUUCCUCCUGAGCCUCCAGCCAAGAGAGUGUGUACCAUCAGCCCUGCUCCUAGGCACAGUCCUGCCCUCACUGUGCCCCUUAUGAAUCCUGGGGGCCAGUUCCAUCCUACUCCUCCACCUCUCCAGCACUAUACGUUAGAAGAUAUUGCAACUUCUCACCUAUAUCGGGAACCCAAUAAGAUGCUAGAACAUCGAGAAGUUCGUGAGAGGCACCACAAUCUUAGUCUAAAUGGAGGCUAUCAGGAUGAGUUGGUAGACCACCGUUUGACAGAAAGGGAAUGGGCUGAUGAAUGGAAACAUCUUGACCAUGCCCUGAAUUGCAUUAUGGAAAUGGUAGAGAAAACAAGGCGCUCCAUGGCAGUUCUGAGGCGCUGCCAGGAAUCUGACCGUGAAGAACUCAACUACUGGAAAAGACGAUUUAAUGAAAACACAGAGAUGAGGAAAACAGGGACUGAGUUGGUCUCCAGGCAGCACAGCCCUGGGAGUGCAGAUUCACUCAGCAGUGAUUCUCAGCGGGAAUUCAGUAGUAGACCAGGAACAGGAUACGUACCUGUGGAGUUUUGGAAGAAAACAGAAGAAGCUGUGAAUAAGGUGAAAAUUCAGGCCAUGUCAGAAGUACAGAAGGCCGUGGCUGAGGCUGAGCAAAAAGCCUUUGAAGUGAUUGCAACAGAGAGAGCGCGAAUGGAGCAGACCAUAGCGGACGUCAAACGACAGGCUGCGGAGGACGCCUUCCUCGUCAUCAACGAGCAGGAAGAGUCGACCGAGAACUGCUGGAACUGUGGCCGCAAAGCCAGUGAGACAUGCAGUGGCUGCAAUAUCGCACGGUACUGCGGCUCUUUCUGCCAGCACAAGGACUGGGAGCGGCACCACCGCCUCUGUGGCCAGAGCCUGCAUGGCCAGAGUCCCCACAGCCAGGGCCGGCCGCUGCUUCCUGGAGGGAGGGGCUCCUCGGUCAGGUCUGCUGACUGCAGUGUGCCCAGCCCAGCCCUGGACAAGACCUCAGCAGCCACCUCACGUUCCUCAACUCCUGCCUCUGUGACAGCCAUUGAUACCAAUGGACUCUAAACCCCAAGUUCCACUUCUCUGAUGACCACUCUGAAUGACAGAACCCUUGCACCAAAGGGCCUGGCUGUUGGAAUAAGUAGCUUGGGUCAUCAGCAAGAAAUGAAGUGCAGCAGGAAACAUCCAAGCAGCACUCCGUGGUCUGUCUUGGACUUGCAUCUGUGUCCUGGUAGAAUGAGUGCCAUUCUCUGCACACAAGCAGCCCAUCUGAGCUGCCUCUUCUGGGGGCUUUCAUGGUGUGUUCCUUCCCAGCUGAAGCUGGCUUGGCUCCUUGGAGGCCACAACUUCCCCAGCUCCUUGAGUCAGCAGACUGAUGAAUGUGACAGCCAGGCUGGCAGCAGCUUGCCAUGUACUAUCUCCCACUCUGUCCAUGGUCCUCAGAUGGCAGAGACCUCGAGCCUGGCAGCAGACUGAGGAGGAGAAGGAUUCCCCCCUCCCACUGAGUAGCUCUUUGAGCCCUUUUCCAUCCUCAGAAGGCGACACUGAUUGGCUUCAUGGGCACUUGGGUAUACCAAAAGCAUCACUUGAGACUCCCUUCUCAACCCUGCUUUCAGACUUAAGAUGCUCAGAAAUGACAGGAAAGAAGUCACCACUUUAAUAUGAGCACCCAUGAUAAUAAAAAUAAAUAAAUAAAUCUUCCCUAAGCAACACAGAUCAUUUUGGACAAGAUUUUCCAACCUGGCUGGCUACUUUACUUUGGAACCCAUUUUUCUCCCUCUUUCUUGAUUUUGCUUGUGCAGAAAAUAUUUUCCAGCGCAUGGAUUUGUCCAAGAGAGAAUGAGACUCCAUCAUGUUAGUCUUUUCUCUCUGAGCAUGUUGACCACCUCCUGUCAUCAAAUCACUGAGUGGAUCAUCCCUUGGAAAUGCAGAGCCUUCUGCCCUCGCCUGGCUGUUUGCACAGUUGUCUCGUUCUAUGUCCUUUUCUCUCUCAGACCACACACGUCCAGACUGCUGUGGGCAUCUUCUGCCCACGGGCUCUGUUUGGCACCUUUAGGCCACAGUUGUCCCCCUGGAUGUGCUGUGGUGUGUUUGUAGGACUUGCCCCACCCACCAAGGCCUGGUCUUCUCUGAGCAGCCCUCCUGGACCUGAAGGAAUCCUUCAGACCUGCUCCAUGGAGUCAUUAGCAGGCACAGUCUCAGUUUACCUUCCCUUAGCUGUUCAGUACCUUCCCUCUGGUUCGUGGAGUGUGGGACUCAUCUAGGAAAGCAAGCCUGACCCGUUCUUCCUCCUUUCUCCAGGAGUUUUCCUGCUUCCUGGCACUCCAAAUUGACAUUACCUGUAUCCCUUUCACAGUGGUGGCCACUGCCUCACAGGUUCUCUUCUGCCAUUUGGGUUUUGUCGGGAGCCCAAGGACCUUGCCUGCCCCUCCUGCUUGGCACCUUUGAGCCUCUAGUGUCCUGUCCCGUGGAAUCAGUUGGAGUGACGUGGUUAGCCCUGCUCCUGCUGGCUUGAGAGCCAGGGUUAGAUCACCACCUUCACACAGACAGAGUGCAGGAAGAGGGAUGGACACAGUGGUGUUCUUGCAUAGAGGGGCAUCUUCCUUUAGAACCCACCUGAUUCAUCUUAACCAGUCUUAGACACUCAAUACAAGACACCUUUAAAAUCCCUAGAUUUCCAUCCUAUAAAGCAAGGUAGACUCAGAAAAAGAAGAACAGAGAAUCACGCUCCUUGACCACAUAAGACCCCCUGUUUUCUGUCAGCCUGUAUGGCUGUGUCCCCACCUCCUCUACCUCCUGGAGCCCUAGCAGCCAGGGCAGCCUGGCUUUACUAGGCAUGGAGUCAAUCCUCAAAUUGUGCACCCACAUUUCCAUAAGAAAGGGGGUAUCUUCUGAAAAGACCUUUGAGCCUCUAACUCAGUUGUAGAAGGAGGGCAUCUCACAUUAUAUACUGGAUCUGCCCUCAGGUUAUUUUCCUUAAAUAAGUUAGAUGAACACCUAAACAGCUUUUUAAAAUCUUCACUGGCAACAAGACUAGCCAGGGUAGCUCAGGUUUUUUACUGGCUGGAAUAAAGAGCCAAAACAAAUAUAAUACUUAUCAGGGCUUGAGGUCGAUUUGGGGUGUAGGGCCUGACCUACUUCUGUGGGCUCUGGUUUCAAUGACAGUUCCUGUUUCCAAGUCUUUGUAAUGCUGUUCUAGACUGCUUUGCUCAUGUGAUAGUGGAAGCCUGUCUGCAGACCUGAGCAAAAUUGUGCACCACAGUUCUCAGACCAUUCCCUAUGUUCAUUCUGGUCAGUGUCACACACAAGUCACUAGGGCAUCAGUACAGGACUAUUCAAACUUAAGGAAUCCCUUUCUCUGGGAACUUCCUUUCUCUAAUCCAACUUCCUAAUUGAGGGGAAGAGCAGAACCUAGGAUGAGGUAGGUGGCUGGGGGGACAGAUGUGAGUCCAGGUCCCAGGUUAGAGUUGAGCAUAAAGCGCCCCCCACCACCACCACCUUUCUCAUUUCCACUAGGAUUUAAAAGAAGUAGUAUCCGUAUAAUGAGGUUGCUCAGAGGUCUGGCCUCUACUCAGGCUAAGAGGCUGGGAUGAUGGUACAAAAGUGGGCAGGGCAAGGCAGUCAGAGGCUCUUUGAUUUUAUCAUGGAAACCAGAAGCAAAGAGCAUAAGGCCAGUGCUCAACAUCGCUUGCUGAGGGACACUGAUGAGUUCUUUGCCAAAAGAAUGAUUGCAGGAACCAGAGAACACCAAAUGUGGCCAAAGUAGGAGCCGACUUUUUUUUUUUUGAGCGGGGGUAUCUUGAGAUUGAACCCAGGGAUGCUUUAUC